GCUGCAUCAGAGGGUCGGUCCUGGAGCCCGUCUUGUUCCAUGUCUUCAUCAGGACCUGGAAGAUGGCAGAGCGUCCUCAGCAAGUCUGCAGACAACUCCAAAAGACCACAAUAGAUUUCUGGAGUCGGAAGGGACCUGGUAGAUCAUUGGGUCUGACCCCCCUGCUCCAGGCAGGAAAGAGCGCUGGGGUUGGUAACCCCAGCCAGAUGCCUGUCUAAUCUCCUCUUGAACAUCUCCAAGGUUUUUUGGUUCUUUCUGAAGAUCUGAACAUCUAGUUUUCCAGUCAUCUGGGUCUCUCCAGGUUUCCUGUCUGCUGUUUUCAGCAUGGAGAAGCUUGUUAUGUGUCUGCACAGAAGGCCUGAUGCAGUAUACAGGCUGAUUUGCUUUCCCUGGGCUGGAGGGGGAGCUUUCCAUUUUGCUCAAUGGAGCUCACUCUUCAACAGUUCAAUAGAAGUGUACUCUUUAAGGUUUCCUGGAAGAGAAUCUCGUGUGAAAGAUCCUUGUGCACAAGACAUGACAACUCUAGUUAGUGAUAUUGUUAGUAGUUUGUUAAAAGACCUGCAAGAAAAACCUUUUGCAUUUUUUGGUCACAGUUUUGGAUCUUAUGUUAGUUUUGCAACUGCAGUACACUUAAAAGAGAAGUAUGGUCUACAACCAGUACAUCUUUUCAUGUCAGGAGCAUACGCACCACACUCAAAAAGUCGUCCUUCAGUCCCACCUUUAAAGGAUGUAUCUGAUGAGGAACUUUUUUCAUGGAUAAAUUCUCUUGGUGGUGUUCCUCCUGAGUGGCUUCAGAGAGAGGAUGCUGUGAAACUCUUGAUUCCUCCAGUAAGAAGAGAUCUUGAAGUUUUCCAGACAUUUGUUUGUGCAGAACCAAAAAAUGUUCUCUCUUGUGACCUAACAUGCUUUGAUGGGUCUGAAGAUUUGACACAUGAUUUAGAAGAAUGGAAGGAUGUAACAAGUGGCGAGACCACUAUUCACGAACUUCCUGGAGGCCACUUUUUUCUGCUGGAACCUUCUAAUGAAACUUUCAUAAUAGAUUAUAUAACAAAAUGCAUAGAAAAUGCUGAUUUCUGAAUAUUCACUUUUAUUUUUUGUGGGGAGGGUAUAAGCUUGGUCCAAGGAAAUAAAUAAUAAGGAACCUUUCCUAUGUAAUUGCACAAUUGAGAUGACAAGAUAAGAAACUUGCUGUAGUUUAAUGGCUAAGAGUUUAUUAAUAUUGUAUUAUAUAUGGCAAAAGAUUUUUCCAGGAUUUCAUUUGAGGCAAUUGUUAGAAAAAGAGAAGGAAGGAAACUUUCUAAUUCUUAAAAGUAGGCAGUCCGCAAGCCACUCGGUUUUCUCUGCGACAAGCAGACCAGGAUUUGAGGAUGGUAAGAAGCUAGCAGGCAAAAAGCAACCAAAGAGUUUCUUCAGCAUCAGUAGUUUCCUAGCUUCCCUCUAACUUAGGAACCUGGCCCAAGCAAUCAUUUGGGUCUCACUUCCAGUUAAAAUAUAGCAUUCUUAUGCCAACUAAUAUAGCUUUCUUAUAUUUAUCUCCAUGACUGAAAUAGAAGCAGAAUUACUUGUGCUAGUCAAGCUACAGUAUAUUGAACCUAAGAAAUUAGUCAUAUUUUCUUUAAAUCUAUCCUCUUUGAGACCUCAUUAGUUGCUACUAUACAGGGCAUUGAAAAAUGCUUGCUUUAUUUUAUUUGUGGUGUUAUUAGAAUCCCACUUUAUCCCAUAACCUGUUGGGGUGGGGGGGGGGGGGGGAAUGACAGUUAAAAAUGUUAUCUUCAGAAUUCACUCAAAGAGUAGGAAACUAGAUGUAAUACUUCUGCCCCUAAAAUAUAUAGAGAGAGAGAGACAGGUGAAAUCUCUAAACCAAUCUAAUUGGUAACUUUAUUCAAAAUAUUCAUACUCGGUAUCUGAGAAGUUCCAUACAUAUGUAAAUUGCUUCUUACAGUUAAAUAAUUCAUGCUUAGUAAAUCAUGGUGUCAAACUAAA